UUGAAUGCUUAGUGUUGUUGGGUUGCCUGUGGCUUUGCGAACAAGCCACAGGUCAGCGGUUGACUUCAAAAUUCAAGAUGGCGGGCGCCAGGCAUCUUCGUGGUACAAUAUAUACCAGAGUUUCAAACUUACUUCGUUCUGGAGCUAUGAAGAGCAAGCCAGUGUGGUUUGACGUUGUUGAAGCAUUUCCCCCGAUAGUAGAGACCAAAAUUAAUAGAAAGCCAGAACCUGGUCGAGUCAUGAAGCUAGAAUAUCCAGAGGACUAUUUUAGAAGAAAAUUUUAUAACACAUUCAAGUCAUAUGGAACAUUAGAUCUGCAUAAAGGGGAAAGCCCUCCAACAGACUGUGAAAUGUUCGUUAAAAAAUGUCAUGAUUUUGUCAGUCAAGGAAUGGAACAAGAAGAAGCAUUUGAAUGUACUACAAAGGAUUUCAUGUCAGAAACUCCCACAUUGAAAAAGCAACUACUUUCAGAAGAAGAGAAUAAAAGACAGGCAUCCUCUGGUGAUAGUGAUUCAGUUACAGAUAUUUAUGAAUUCUUAACAUCUAGAGAUGGUCCAUACAAGCCUAAGUCAAAUAAGUCAGAUGAAUAAACUAUUUGGAUACAUUUUUCUUGGAGCUUAGACUUGAGGUGUGACUCUUAAACAAAAACGAAUMCUGCUCCACCUGGAUAAAUUCUGUAAGGUAUAUCAACAGGAGUUGUUGUGAUAUGGCGUAAAAAUGAUUGCCCUGGAGGCUGCAUAAAGUGAUGUGGGUUACAUUUUCCAAGAAAUUUUUUCUCAUGAUUAUGUGUACAUUUGAACUUAGCAUAUAGGCAUUAUUGCCGCAAAUGCCAUUUUAAGAGAAAAUAAUUGGUUUUUCAGAUAAUUUCACAAAAUUGUUUGGUAAUUCUCAUAACAAAAUGUGUGGUUUUACAUUCCUUUAGUUUCUUGGAUUUGAUGAAAAUGCAGCCCUGAGAAAAAGGGUGAUUUGAGUGAAAAAGAAUAAAUCAAAAGAGAAAAAGAUUAAGGUCAAUAUGAAUAUGAAGUGCAGUGAAUAGUGAAAGCAACAAUACGACUGAGGAAAAUUCUGAAUUKAAAUUUUUCAAAUAAAAACUCAAUAUUAACUAAA